AUGUCUCGGAGCCGCUUCCCUACACGGUUGGCGCCCCUGGCUACAGAGCAUGCCGACAUGGAUACUGUUGCGCAAGAACACCAAACUACACACCACGCUGCUGCAGAGCACGCGGCCUUGGCCCCGACGCUCACUGCUACAGCUCAGGCAGACUUGGGUUCUGUUGCGCAGCAGCACGAAUCUACAGACGACGUUGCUACCGAGCACGCAGUCUUGGACCGCACAGUUGUACAGCCAGCAUUGGAAGGUGCGCGCGUGCCUACGACGUUACAGGAUGCAGCGCAAGUGGUCAAGGCGAAUUCUUAA